AUGAUGGGAGUUCCCGGAUCAUCUACGGGCGCUCCAUUCUACGAGUGGGCUCAACUGCCAAUUUCUAGAGAGCAGUAUGUGAUUGAGCAGAAAGAGAUUCAACGAUCACGGUUCCCGGAUUGCAAGCCUCUUCCUGGCGUUGAAGCACUUCUAUCACACCUCGAGAAAGCAUACAAUACCAACGGCGAGAAAGUGCACAUGGCACUGGCUUCAAGUACAAGCCAGGAGAACUUUGCCUUGAAAGCUCAGAGCAAAGAGACAAACGAGACGUUCCGAGUUUUCCCCAGUGACCGCCGGAUUCUGGGGGAUGAUCCCCGAUUGAAGGAAGGUAGAGGGAAGCCAGCACCGGAUAUUUUCUUGAUGGCUUUGCAGUCUAUCAAUGACAGCCUUCCAGCAGGCGAGAGACCAAUCACGCCGGAGGAAUGCUUGGUGUUUGAAGACGCGGUUCCUGGAGUCGAGGCUGGACGGAGGGCGAAGAUGAGAGUCGUUUGGGUUCCGCAUCCAAUGUUAGCCCUAGAAUUCAAGGGAAGAGAGGAGCAGGUUCUUGCGGGUAGAAUUGGACUUGUUCCGAUUGGGGACGAAGAGCAGCUAGGUAAGGUGGGCGAUGGAUGGGGCGUGACUCUCCCGAGCCUGGAAAAUUUCCCGUACGAGAGUUACGGGAUCAAGGUCUAG